AUGCUACGUUAUUCAUAUUGGGUUCAGCAAAGCUGCUUUCGAAAUGCGUCAGACAGCUCGUCAACGAAUUGUAUCUCAAGAUAUGCUUAUUUCUCGGAUGGCCGAAGGCGCGUCGAUUAUGUGCUGGCGUAUGAAAUGCAAGAUGAGGAAGAGAGCGACAGUGACAGUGGUUCGAGCGAUGACCCCGUGGCCAGAUUUAUUCUUUCCAGCAGUGGUCCAAAAAAAGCGAAGCGGAGACGGUUGUAUGAGCAGAAUUUGCUGCGUAAAGGGCUGGAAUUAGAAUUUGUUCGGGGCGAGCUUUGCAGCAAUAUUGGCUUCGUGCUGGUUCAUAUCCCUUUCGACUUGCUCUGUAGGCAUGCCGAGAAGCUGGGUAUUGAGAUGCGUGUUCGCUUGGAUUUGAGACCGGAACGAAAAGUGAAUGAGGGAUGGAUUGAUGAAAAGAUACAACGCUGCGGUUGGCUGCAUUUCGAUGAAAAAACCAGCAAAUUGUUAAAAGAACCAAGAAAUCAAUAUCAUCCUUUCACGUAUGAUGAAAUGGAGUGCUACGACGGUUAUGACGAUCCAGAUAAUUUUUUUUCAAGUGCAGAUCGGAUAUAUGUGGUGCAUGAUAUUUUGUGCAGGACUCGAUUUGGGCAAGACGAUCGAGUAGGCAUUGAUAGUAUGUUGCAACAGAAUAUUUACUGCGCUGCAUAUCCCCUUCAUGAGGUUACCUUUUGCUGCCCUCAGUUUUCCAUACUUUUCUACCUUCAGCUUUUUUUACCUUUUUGCCCUCGGCUUUUUUGGUCAGCAGCUUUUGGAACCACCAAAAAUCAAUAA